AGUAAACUUCUAGAACUCCUACAUGAGCACAGUGGUACAAGUAAAUUUAGGUGCGUAAUCACGCGCCUGGAGACUUGCGGCAAGUUUUUGAAACGGAAUUAGUUUUGCGCCGUUUUUAAUAACUUAUAUUCGUACUUCUGACAGGAACGCGACGUUUUGAACAAGAAAAGUUAUCUAAAUUCACUUUUUUCCCCAAGUUUCACCAUGGCAGAAGGGGAUUACUACACUAUGGGCAACCGACAGAGGAUUCCAAGGGAUCCGUUUGGUGAACAGUCGCUCGCUUCUCGAUUUAUGGACGAUGACUUUGGACUGCCACCUUUUCACGACGAGUUAUCGAUGGACUGGCCCGGCUGGGCACGACCUCGACUGAGCACGCGCCUUGACGCGCCGUGGACGGGCCCGUUGAGCACGGGCUUCCCGCGGGGCUUCAGCGCCAGAUACAGCGAGGGUCGUUUAUCAAAUCAGUUCAGCCUUGUUGGAAACUUUCUACUUAUGGAAAAAAUGGACAUCAUUCUAAACUCUCUGAUUUUUCACAGAAUCCCAUCCGAUGUGGACCCUCUCACUGUGUUCGCCUCUCUGUCUCCGGAAGGAGUUCUCAUCAUUGAAGCUCGGCAGACCCCUCCGUACUACCUUUACAGCAACGAAAUGCCUGCAGAACCCAUAGAAGAACCCGAGGCCAGACCUCAGGAACCCAGGAUGGCUUCAGCCUAAGCCAGGGAGUGAAUAUGGGCUUACACACCCAUGGUAUUUAUUCCAAGCCAGUGCCAAAAUCUAGUUUUAUCAGUUUCAUAAAUUUACUUAAACCAAAAGUCAUUAAUCUGCUAGUGAGUAGUCCAUAAAUCAAAUGUCACUCUACAUGGUACAAGGUUGGAUCAAAUACCAGUAGCUUUCAAUUACUAUGUCAAUGAAGAAAAAUGAAUGUGAUAGAGCUACUAGUCAAGUGGCAAGGGAGAGGUACGAAAUGGGAUGAGACCAGGCCGAAUUUCUGUAGUAUCGAGUCUAUGGUCAUAAACAUACUCUACCCAAGUACCUUGAUGCGAAAGCAUGGGUAAACAUUGUAAUGGCAAGUCUCAAACCUCAAGGGGGCAAUAGAGCUCCCUUCAAAUGAAUUGUUCUUCAAAGUGUUCUUCAAACAUUCUUUAAAAUAUCUUCUUGUGUUCUGUAGAAGAAAGUCAUACAGGUUUGGAACAACAUGAGAGUGAGUAAACAAUCACUGAAUUUUAAUUUCAACUAUACAUUUAACUAAUUUUCUAGCUUGAGUUCUAAGUUAAGAUUCUUCUUAAACUGUUGCUCCAUCAUGUUCUGAUCAAAUAGAGGACAACACUGGUAAUGCAAUGCAUGCUUGUGUUGCAAUAUAAAUUACUUUCAGACCCAUUCAGAUGUGAAACCAAGCUUGCUGAGCUAAAGUUUAUGUUCACAUACUUGUGUAGAGUACGUUUUGGACUUUCUGUCCCUCAUAUUGACCUAAACUUGUUUCCCCCCUGAAUUCAAAUGGAAGCACUGUUUAAAUCAUCUGCAUAUUUGUUACAAUGGACUGUGUCUUCUCUGAGAACUGGGCCUGAAUGCUGGAGCUCUUUCUCAAAGGCUGUUUAUUGUCUCCUCUUCUUUUUCUUUUCUUAUUUGCGUGUUUUCUUUUUUCUUUUUGUGUAGGGAUGUAAGCUAUGCAUUUUUAUAAUAAAUGGAAUUUACAAAAGCAAGCCUUUUAUUUAUUACUCCUCUCUGCAAAUCUCUAAAGUUAAUAAAUGAGCUGCAUUGCCAAUAUAGUGGAUGUUAUUUCUCCUACGCUUUACACCUAUUUGCUUAUCCCACCUAUAUAACCUCCUGAUGUUGUCGAGU